AUGGCACCCGCAACCCGGCCCUCGCAGGGCUCUCCGGAGCCAGUCGAAGCCUCCACACACCCCGCGCUCCAGCCCUCCGUCACCAACGUGCCCGUCACACCGGGAGUGCAUAUGGCCGGCCACUCCGCGUACUUCGAGCCCGAGGACACCGAGAAGCAGGAUACCAGGCUCCCCUUCGACCCGGAAAAAGUCACACCCGGCCCGCAAUGGAAUGCAAACUCAUACUUUGCCCCCAAAGACGAAGGCCGUGCGAGCUCACCCACAGAGGUAGCAGCUGGCGCUCGAUCAGGAGAGGAGUUACUGCGAAAACUAAGCUUGAUGCAGGAUCCUUCAUACAAGCAAGAUCUGGCAGACGUCGACCCCCGUGCUGCACAUCCAGGCCUAAAUCUCAGUGGUCGAAUCAUCAGUGCGACGUUCGCAGUCCCUUACAAUAUCGGUUUCUCACCGGGCAACGACUGGGAAUUGGGCCCGCGACGGGGAACAUCCGCUCUAUUCGAUUCUUUUUCCUAUCUAGCAUCUUCGGCGUCACCAUGGAAUCACACUCUAGUCGGGUGGACAGGAGAGAUACGCGAGCUGCCUGGGGCCGGGUCAGGUGUUAGUGCAGUGCAGCCGACUAUGAACAAGGCCUCAGCCCCGAUUCCAGUUGAUGGAAAGACGCCGCCCCCGCAUCCUCCGCAGCCAGAAGGGAUCCGCGUGACUCGAGAAGACAGAGACCGCCUGGAGAAGCAGCUCGAGCGAGACCACGGAGGCAGAAUCGUCCCGGUCUGGCUCUUUGAUGAAUUCGACGAGAAGGAGGACGUAAUGAUCAUAAAGGAUCAGGACCGAUGGCGGCAAUAUGCCGAGCAUGAGCUCUACACCUUGUUCCACUACAAGCAGAAUGAACCCGCCGACGGCCGUGCGGCGCGCAAGACUUGGGCGGAUUACUACCGCAUGAAUAAGCUCUUCGCCGACCGGAUUAUGGAAAUCUACAAGCCUGGUGAUAUCAUCAUGGUCCACGACUUCUAUCUGCUUCUUCUGCCUAGUCUGCUCCGCCAGCGUAUGCCGAAUGUCUAUAUUGGAUUCUUCCUCCACGUUCCCUUUCCCAGCAGCGAAUUCUAUCGAUGCCUCAGCAGGCGGAAAGAAAUUCUCGAAGGUGUUUUAGGCGCAAACAUGGUCGGCUUCCAAUCCUACAGCUACUCGCGCCACUUCUCCUCGUGUUGCACCCGGAUUCUGGGUUUCGAUUCCUCGUCCGCCGGCGUUGACGCCUAUGGUGCCCAUGUCGCUGUCGACGUUUUCCCAAUCGGUAUCAACGCUGCAUCUACACAACGACAGGCAUUUGGUGACCCGGUCAUUGAAGAGAAGAUCAAGGGCAUUCGAGAGUUGUACCCGGAUAAAAAGAUCAUUGUGGGCCGAGAUAGGCUGGACGCCGCUCGAGGUGUGGCACAGAAACUCCAGGCCUUUGAGAUGUUCCUUGAAAAAUACCCAGAAUGGCAAGACAAGGUCGUUUUGGUGCAGGUCACCAGCCCGAGUAGUGUUCAGGCUGGCAAGACCGCCGAGGAGGACGAGAAGAUGGUCAACAAGAUGUCUGACCUGGUUGCCAGGAUCAAUGGCACAUACGGCUCGCUCAGCUUUACGCCAGUCAGGCACUUCCCACAGUACCUCGAUAGGGAAGAGUAUUUCGCACUUCUUCGGCUCGCUGACGUGGGGCUCAUCACCAGUGUUCGCGACGGCAUGAAUACCACGAGCCUUGAAUACGUCAUUUGCCAGAAGGACAAUCACGGGCCGUUGAUCCUCUCGGAAUUCUCUGGUACUGCUGGUUCACUUGGCGGAGCGAUUCACAUCAACCCUUGGGACCUGGGUGGCGUUGCAGACGCAAUCAACGAGGCAUUAAAUAUGUCAACAGAGCAGCGCGAAGAGGCCCAUAUGCAGCUAUAUAAGCAUGUGCUCGCCAACAAUGUUCAGGCUUGGACCAAUAACUUCCUAAAGCGGCUCAUGACGAACCUAUCGUCGUUCGACCAGUCCUUCGCGACCCCUGCGCUCGACCGGGCGAAGCUUCUCUAUCAAUAUCGACAAGCCAAGAAACGCCUAUUCAUGUUCGACUACGAUGGCACAUUAACCCCGAUCGUCAAGGAUCCUCAAGCAGCAAUCCCCUCCGACCGCGUCAUCCGUACUCUCAAAACUCUUGCAGCGGACCCCGCGAACGCUGUAUGGAUUAUUAGUGGCAGAGACCAAGCAUUCUUGGACGAGUGGAUGGGUCACAUCACUGAGCUCGGCCUAAGUGCUGAGCAUGGCAGCUUUAUGCGGCAUCCACGCACCGAAGAGUGGGAGAGUCUCACCGACAAGACGGACAUGAACUGGCAGUCGGAGGUCAUGGAGAUCUUCCAGCAUUACACUGAGAGGACUCAAGGCUCGUUCAUCGAGCGCAAGAAGAUUGCUCUCACAUGGCACUAUCGCCGGGCAGACCCAGAGUACGGAGCAUUCCAGGCACGGGAGUGCCAAAAGCAUCUCGAAAAGACAGUUGCGAAGAAGUAUGACGUCGAAGUCAUGACGGGCAAGGCCAACCUAGAGGUCCGGCCUCGGUUCGUCAACAAGGGAGAGAUUGCGAAGAGGCUGAUCAGGGAAUACGGCGACGGCCCUGGAGAAGCCCCGGAGUUCGUCCUCUGCCUUGGUGAUGACUUCACCGACGAAGAUAUGUUCCGCUCGCUGCGUCAGGCGACGUUGCCUCCAGACCAUGUCUUCUCCGUCACUGUUGGUGCGAGUUCCAAGCAGACGUUGGCCAGCUGGCAUCUCGUCGAGCCUGCCGACGUCAUUUCCGUCAUUUCGUUGCUCAACGGAUCGGCGGAUGCAGGAAAUGUCGGGGCGGUUGCCGUCGUUGAGGGCUCAGUGCCCGAGUCUCGCGAAUCUCGAAUAUAA